CCACUGCCAUUUUUUUAUGUUGCCCACUGCUUGGCCGGUCUUUGAUUCCUUGCCACUGGUGACACCUUCUAUACCAUUGGGCAUAGCUUUCGAGUUGGCUUUACAACAGUGAGUGCAAUCGUAACCGAAGUCUGUGAAGCGAUAUGCAGACAUAUGGAGCAUAUAUAUUUACCAGAAAGAUGAAAAUGAUGG